GCUUGACCACGCCAAGGCCCUCAAGGCCGCUGAAGUGACCGCAGCGGCCAAGUUGGACGAGGCUCUGGAGAAUGCCUGCAAUGCCACUGUGGUGUUGCGGGCAGAGCUGGAGGAGAUGGCCAAGGCCCGGAAGGGUGCCGAGGAGAAGGCCGCGCGGCUGGAGGAGGGGCACAAGGAGUGCGAUCAGCUGAUCCUGCAGACCGACACACUUGCCCUCCGCCUCUUUCCGGACUCGCAGAGGUAUGCCGUCAAGAAGGUCGACGCGCAGCGCAGGGACAAAGGCCAAGCGGAUCUUACCGUGCCAUGGACGCCCAAGGACCAUCUGGUCGCGCUUAACGCGCGGGUGUCCCAUAUGCGCUGCAUAGACCGCAAUCUUUCGGACAUCCCUGAUGUAGCUACCCAGCUAUACAGGACUUUAUGGCCUGGCGAGAAGGUGCCGGCAACUAUAUUUGUGCCCAUGCUGCAUUUUUGCUUGGACCAAGUCCACCCCUGCCCUUGCCUGCUGCUCUGGAGCAUCCCUGCACCUCCCCUCUACCUCACCAUCCACUUGCCUGCCCUGGCAUUGGACCAUUUUUGA